CUCAAACACAAACAAAGGAGGAAUAAAAGAAGCAAGGGAGCCGUUUCAAAGCCAAAUCCCACCACUACUACUACUACUACUAGCGCUACUAUCCUAUUAAGUACCUACUAUAUCUUGCGCAAAAGUACUUCGUGAACAACGAAAUGAUGACUACCCUGCAAUAUAAGUCUGCUAGUGCUGUGCAAGUUUAUAUGAAGGCUUGAGAGAACCAGAAACCGUGGUUGAAGAUAUGUUCAUCCGUAAAUUUAUGACAGGAACAUGGCAUGAUCUCUUUGUUUCAGAGGUUAUUAUCAAAAGGCAGCACAACAUGAUAAGGAUUGCAGGGAUUAUACAAAAGAAAAUCAUCCCACGUAAAAUGUACUUCCUCGUUGGGUAUUCUGAAGAGCUCUUGUCCUACUGGCUGAGAUGUCCAGUGAAGCUGGAAUUACAGACGGUUGAAGAUAAAAAAGAUGUUGUUUAUAAGUAUAUUUAAAAAAUGUUGCAAGAAUUUACUCUGUAUAUAGUUUUAUAUCUAAGGAAUAAUAAUACAAAGUAAAAUUCA